UGUAAGUGUAUAUAUAUGUAUAUAUACAUAUAAUAAAUAUAUAAUCAAUAAAGUAUAUAUCUUUAAAAAAGGAUAAAAAUUACUGAUUGUAAUAGAAUGGAUUUAUAUUACCGACGUUGUAAUAAGUCCAGCACUGCCGAUAAUUCAGUUUUGUGAAUACGAAAUUUUAUAAAGAUAAAUAUUAUAUAUUAGACAUUAUUAUAUAUAGUUUUUUAUCCAUAAAUGGAUUAUAAAUUUGUUUAUACGAUAAAUUUGAAACAUCUCUGGCAGUAACUUGUGAGGAAUAUAAGCUGUACUUUUUUCAAGAUACCUUUAAUUCACAUAGAAAGGAAGAUGAAUUGAAGUAUGUCUACUAUGAUAUUUGGCAUUGGUACAGGAUUAUUCUUGAUUCUAACUUUGUGGGCUAUUGCAAUAUUAAUUUUUUUAAUAUCUUUACGAAUAGAGAAGAAAAUUGGUUUGGUUGUUAUAGUUAUAAUAGGUCUUCUCACGAUAAUUUUGUUCAGUAUUCCUAGAGCUUCUGAAAAGCCUAAUGUCAAUGAAAAAAAGAUUGCAACUUUGAUACAAUCUGUCCAGUGAAUUGUCCAACUACUAAAAUAAUAAAUAUAGUAUAGUAAUUAUAAACAGAUCAGGUUUUUUAUGUUCAAUAAAAUAAUUAACAAAAAUUUAUAAUGAUACGAAGUAUUAACAAGUCAUUUCCAAUGUGGAUACGUCGUAUCUCACUAUCUCAUCAAAAAAAAAAAGUAUAUGAGAUAAACAGUAACAUUGAAUUUAAUAAUAAGGUAAUGAAUGGUAAAAGGACAGUUGUUGUCAAUUUUCAUGCAGAUUGGUGUGAUCCAUGUACAGUAUUAACACCUAAAUUAAUAGAACUUAUUGAACCUAUAGAGACAUUAGAUCUUGCUAUUAUCAAUCUAGAAUCCAAUCCAGAUUUAGCUGAUGUAUUUAGUGUAAAAGCAGUACCUGCUGUAUUUGCAAUGUCAAAUGGAUUAGUUUUAGAAAAAUUUAUUGGCUUGCAAGAUGUUGGAAUGAUAGAAAAGUUUGUAGAAAAGCUAACUGCUCAAGAUGCAACAAAUUCAAAUAUUGAAAGUAAUUCUGUAAAUUUGAAAAUGGACAAUUCUGUAAAUCCUAAAGGUAGUGAUGUGAAAUCAUAAAAGCAUAUUUAUAAUGUUGUAUAUCUGUAAAUGUAGUCACAUUUAUAAAAAUAUGUAAAUGUAUAUAUAUUAGGUCAUUAUCUAUGAAAUGUUUGGUUUUAUAAUAUGAAUGUAAUAUGAAAAAUCGGACAUUUCAUAUUUAAUAAUCUAACAUAUAUUUCUUUUUCAUUAUUAUAUUUAUGCAAUAAUUGUGGCAAUUAAAAAUCUAUUUGAUGCUAUUAUUUGUAAUUAUAUAAAUAUCAAAUCAUAAUAGAACAUGUAAAGUUAGCAAAAAUAUUAAGAUAUUUCACAAGAGCGUGGAUAAUCAUUAUAUGUCUUUGUAUUCUUCUACUGAAAAUAGCUUUCUAUGCAAUAUAGUGAUAUUAAAUUGUUCUUAUAAUGAACAUGUAUUAAGAAUACUAGGCAUUAAUUUCAGGAAACUGUGGACCAUGUGAUUAUCCUCCUUUUAUAUAAAUAUAUAUAAAAAACUGUAUUACUAAAAUAUAAUACUACUAGUACAUAACUAUCUUGACUAAACUAUAGUGAUUAUACCUACAAUGCUCUCUUGUAAAGGAAAAAAAAUUAUUUAAACUCAACUUAAAAUUUACUUUAUAAAACGUAAAUAAUAUAAUAACUAUGUAUAUCUCAACAAAAUAAACUAUCAUAGAACUGAGA